ACUCACGAGGAGCACGUUGGGGGGAGGUUUUUAAACUUCAUUUUUGCUGUUGGUCUGCAGGUGGCAAUAAAAAUCAUUGACAAAUCUCAGCUGGAUGCUGUGAAUCUGGAGAAGAUCUACAGGGAGGUGCAGAUAAUGAAGAUGCUCGACCACCCACACAUCAUAAAACUCUACCAGGUGAUGGAGACCAAAAGCAUGCUGUACCUCGUGACAGAAUUUGCCAAAAACGGGGAGAUUUUCGAUUACCUGGCCAGCCACGGGCGCCUGAGCGAGCCCGAGGCUCGGCGCAAGUUCUGGCAGAUCCUGUCGGCAGUGGAAUAUUGCCACGGCAGGAAAAUCGUGCACAGGGACCUCAAAGCUGAGAAUCUCCUGCUGGACAACAACAUGAACAUCAAAAUAGCAGAUUUUGGCUUUGGGAAUUUCUAUAAGAGCGGGGAGCCUCUGACAACGUGGUGUGGGAGCCCCCCUUAUGCAGCCCCAGAAGUCUUUGAAGGCCAGCAGUACGAGGGACCCCAGCUGGACAUUUGGAGCAUGGGGGUGGUGCUCUACGUGCUGGUGUGUGGAGCACUGCCCUUUGAUGGACCCACCCUGCCCAUCCUCAGGCAGAGAGUGCUGGAGGGAAGAUUCAGGAUCCCUUAUUUCAUGUCAGAAGAGUGUGAGCACCUGAUCAGGAGGAUGUUGGUCCUGGACCCUUCCAAACGUUUGAGCAUCGCUCAGAUCAAGGAGCACAAGUGGAUGCUGGUGGAAGUUCCUGCCCAGAGGCCAAUCCUUUACCCACCAGGAGAGGAGAAUGAGCCCUCCCUGGGGGAGUACAACGAGCAGGUGCUGAGGCUGAUGCACAGCCUGGGCAUAGACCAGCAGAAAACGGUGGAGUCCCUGCAGAACAAGAGCUACAACCACUUUGCUGCCAUCUAUUACCUGCUGGUGGAGAGGCUGAAGUCUCACCGGAGCAGUUUCCCCGUGGAGCAGCGCGUGGACGCGCGGCAGCGCCGGCCCAGCACCAUCGCCGAGCAGACCGUGGCCAAGGCACAAGCUGUGGUCCCCUCAGUGAACCUGCAUUCCCAAAAUCCAAGGCUGCUGCAGUCUCCAGGGCUCCCCUCAGCCUCAGGAGCAGAAACCUUUUCCUUCCCUCCCUCCAGCUGCCAGGGAGAGGCAGCUUUUAUGGAGGAGGAGAGGGUUGAGACACCAAAGGUGAACGGCUGCCUGCUGGACCCCGUGCCUCCCGUGGGGAUGAGGAAAGGAUGCCAAUCCCUGCCCUCCAGCAUGAUGGAAACCUCGAUUGACGAAGGAAUAGAGGCAGAAGGGGAGACAGAGGAGGACCCAGCGCAGGCUUUCGCCGCCCUGCGGGCAGCUCGGGGCGGGAAGCGGCGGCACACCCUGGCUGAGGUCACCAACCAGCUGGUGAUGGUGCCAGGCUCAGGGAAAGUCUAUUCCUUGGAUGAGAACUCCUCCCUGAGCAGCAUCGACUCCGAGUACGACAUGGGCUCCAUCCAGAGGGAUCUCAAAUUCCUGGGAGAGACCCCUUCCUUGAAGGAGAUGGUGCUGAGCAGCCAGCAGGCCCCACGGGUGGCUUCCCCUUUCCUGGGGCUCAGACCUGCCAACCCAGCCAUGCAGGCCCUGAGCUCCCAAAAACGAGAGGCUCACAACCGCUCCCCCGUCAGCUUCCGCGAGGGCCGCAGGGCCUCCGACACCUCCCUCACCCAAGGAAUUGUAGCAUUUAGACAGCACCUCCAGAACCUGGCACGAGCCAAAGGAAUCCUGGAGCUGAACAAAGUCCAGCUGCUGUACGAACAAAUGGGAUCAGAGGAAGAGCCUUCUCUGACAUCAGCUGCCAGCCAGCUGCAGGAUCUCAUUAACAGCCCUGCACAGGAGGAAGGCUCCCAGCAGCAGCAGCAGCAGCAGCAGGAGGCUCCAGCUGCUUUUCCCAGCAGUGCACACCCCCCGCUGUUAUCCCGACGGCAGAGCUUGGAGACGCAGUACCUGAAACACCGGCUCCAGAAGCCCACUCUGCUCUCCAAAGCUCAGAACACUUGCCAGCUCUACUGCAAAGAGCUGCCCCGGAGUCUGGAACAGCAGCUCCAGGAGCACAGGCUGCACCAGAAGAGGCUGUUCCUGCAGAAGCAGUCCCAGCUGCAGGCCUACUUUAACCAGAUGCAGAUAGCCGAGAGCUCGUACCCCCGCGCCAGCCCGCUGCCCCUGCCCUGCCCGGAGGAGCUGCAGCCCCAGCCCCAGCCCCAGCAGCAGCAGCAGCAGCAGGAGCAGCAGCAGCAGCAGCCAGCCCAGUUCAGCCUGCAGCAGCCCCUGAGCCCCGUGCUGGAGCCCUCCUCGGGGCAGCUGCGCUUCGAGCCCUUCCUCAGGCAGUUCCCCAAGGUGCAGCUGGAGCCGCUGCCCCCCAGCCCGUCCCGGCUGUCCCCACCGGGGCAGGGACAGCCAGCACAGCCCCUGCAGUUCCCCUUCCAGACUUGUGACGUGCCUGGGGUCCCCUCUGCCGAGCAGUGCCACCUCCCCACGAGCUCUGAGAGCGGCUCUGCCGAGGCACAGCCCGGCUACGAGUCCCUGCCCCUGCCAGAACUGCCCGGACUCUUCGACUGUGAGAUGAUGGAGGCAGUGGAUCCCCAGCACGGUGGCUACGUCCUGGUCAAUUAGCAGCCAGGGCAGGCUGGAAGGACAAAUGGAGAAGCAUGUGAAUUUUUGGGGAAUUAAAAAUCCACCUGGCUGGAAGGAAAACAAUUAAAAUAAAGCAGGAGGUGUUUGGCCCCAGUGGCAGGGGCUGGGGAACAGGGAGUGCAGCUUCAUCCCACAAAGUCUGCGUAGAAGGAGGCAAAAAAGGUGAAUUUCAGAGGAAGGAAAUAGCCCCUUCUAAAAAAAUCUGGGGAGUUUGUCAGCAUUCAUCCAACACGCACUUGGAGAGAGGAGAGUGCACACUUAUCAUACUUCUUGGCAAUAAAAGCAAUAGUUUCCAUGGAAAUUCAGGGUGGAUUUGUGUCUGCGCUGAUGGCAACUGAAAUCCUCUGGAGAACAGGAGCAUGAGGUGGAAUUCAUGGGAAGUUGCACUUUGGUUGAGCUCCUGGUCUGGAACUACUCCGUGGCCAGCCCUGAGCGUCUCAGGCAGCCUCCACUUCCUCCUGCUGGCACCUGAACGGGAUUUCCCAAGCCUGCCAAGGAGCUCUUGACUGGCUGCUGAAGGAAUCUGGAGCAAGGGACAGCUUGACUUUGUCAAAAGAAACCUGGGACUGUGUGGAGAGACCUCUGGGUGGGGAUCAAGGGUGAGCCAACAGAGCCAGAAGGUAAGAGAGCCACGAGAGAGACAGCAAGAGCUGCAGGAACUUACAUUGAUAAAUAAAAAAAUCCACCUAUGUGGCUUUUAAAAUCACCCCCUUUUGCCAGGAGGGCUCUGUCCUGGAGAAGUUCUCACUGAAAAGGAUCCACCUGUCCCUGGGUUGCAUUUUUAAAAAAAAAAAAACAACAAGCAAACAAAACUCUGUUUUGAAUUUGCAGUAUGUGUUGCUGGUGGUUUCUUGAGCUUUGUAUAUUUGGACAGUUAUUUAGGGUUUUAGAACUUUUAAGGAUUAAAAAAAAAAACAAAACAAUGAGCUUAUAAAAAGUAAAAAAAACACCCCCGUGAAGUGAUAGUGCUGUGCCUUUUUCAGUUCUUUAUCAGCCUAUUUGCUUUUUUCUGAAGAAAGUAGACAAUACCCCAUUUAUAUCCCUGCUGUGGCCAAAGUCCCUUCAGAGCACACGUCCCACCAUGUGGGACAUGUUUAACUUUCUUAGUGUUUGAAUGGCUCGUGUAUAUAGGACACUGAAAGUAUCACAGCAAUAUUUCAGCAUCAAACCGUUGAUGUCUCGACCAUUUCAAGGGAUUGCUCCGGCUCCAGCUGGAGCUGCGUCUCCAGAACUUUGCAGAUGUGAAAUCCGAGUCAUAGGAGGGGGACGGCUCAGGGAGCUGCAGGAGGAUGAGAGCUCCAGUUUGGGGUUUGUCUCUGAGCCUCGAGUGUCGUGGGCCAGGCCAGCCUUUCCCUGAGCAAACUUUAAGCACAAUUGCAGCUUCAUCAAAGCACAAAGAGCCAGAGGAGCUGUGCUGAUCACAGCAGAGUUUGCUGGAAGGUUUGGGCUUUGGUACUGCAAGUCCUGAGGCUGGAGGGAGGUGGAUGAUCAGCGUGUACAGCAAUAAGAGCACAUUAAAACGUGGAACAGGAGGAGUUCAGCCGCUGUGUGUGAAGGGCAGGGGGGUUGAACAGGUGACAGAAGGCAGCUGGUCCCUGUGUGCUCAGGUAGAGACAACUCCUGGUCUCUGGAGCCUGCUCUGGCACUGGCCCAGCCCAAAAGUGCUCAGCUUCUACCUCUGCUAUCAGGGAUUCUCAAGGCAGCAGCAAAAAGGAGUUUAAGGAACAGGGAUCACGAGAGAAGGAUGGCCAGAAAGCUCUGAGAGAAAAGGUUUUUGUUGUGUGGUUUCCCUUCAAAUGUCUGACACAGUGGAGCACAAACCCAGUGACACCUGAAGGGAAACAGCCUGACAAAAACUGCAGCAGAGCAGGGCAGGAAGAAAGAGGAAACAGAGUCCUGUCCUUUCACUCCUCCUUCCCCACCCUGCAGCAUCACCCACACGCUCUGGAAUGUGCAGUCUGUCCAGGCACUCGCGGAGCUGGGCAGUGAGAGCUGCUUCCAGGACAGCCCCAGUGCUGCUCCAGGGGACUGCCAGAACAAUAACCACUUCCUUCCCCAUCCAGCUCCAGGAUCCUGCACGUUGCAGGACUCAAAAGAUAAAAAUAAUUCCGUUCUGGAGUUCUACAGUGCAUUUUUCAGGAUGUGCCAACCGCUCUGAGCUUUGCAGUGCUGGGCAGGGGGAAGCUGCAGGAUUUUUUAAUGUAGUUUAGACUGACUCUUUCCCCUCAGCCAAAAGCAUAUUUAACAUUUCAUGUAAUUUCCUUUAAGCCAAUUAGGACUAAAAGGCUUCUGAAGCCUUCUCAUACAGAGAGGAUCCAUUGGGCACCACUUCCUACUCCUUUGAAGUGGCUUUUUUUUGUUCCAAUCUGUUCUGUUCUAACAUUAGAGAACUGUGUACACUACUGUUAGAGUAAUUAUUAGCUUUAUUAUCUUGUACUACAGCCUCCUUUGAAGAGACUUUGGUGUGAUGUACAUGGGGUACAAAUUUCAUACGGAGAAAAGUGCAAUAUGUGUGUGUGUGGUAUGUUCUUUAAUGUAUUUUUUUAAGGAUUUAGAGGGUUUAGUCUCUGCUUUGGGAUAAAUGCACUAGUUUUGUGAGCUCCAGUUUGGCAAGUUCAUCUGUAGUAUUUACAUGCAACUGAUCUGCUGGACUCUGUAAAGCAGUUACAGUGUAUUAAUACAAAAUAAAGAAUAUGUGCAUUUCA